GUUUUACUUUGUGGCAAGACAGGAUUUAAGAAGGUUUAAGAAAGUGGUAGAGAGAGAGAAUACCAAUUUAAAACGUUAAUCCCGCUUCCAUAAACCCAACGUCACUCUUUUUGUCCUGUUUUUCUAUUUCUAACCUUCUUGCUCAGCAUAUCAUAUACUACUUGCAUAUCACUUGAGAGAACAGAACAGAAUAGAAAACCAUCAACAUUCUCUCUCUCUCUCUCUCUCUCUCUCUCAUAUCUCUCUCUCUCUCUCUCAAAGUUUCAUAAUAACAAUAAUGGCUGGUUCUUCUGAUGAUGAUAUACACCAAACACACCCAUCACUUGUUCCUCCUGAUUCUCAAGACUUCUCCAAUAUAUUCAACCAACUCAUGGAUCCAUCUUCUUCAUCAUCUUUCAAUUUUUCUGAUCCCUAUCCUCCUAAUCCUUCCACCAUCUCUUACCCUCCUCCUCAUUUCACUUCUUCCUCUUCUGCUCAGAAUGAUGAAGGUUCAGAGUUGCCAUCAUCAAAGGCUGCCCCACCACCACGUUCUUCUUCAAAGAGAAGCAGAGCUGCAGAGUUCCAUAAUUUGUCUGAAAAGAGAAGGAGGAGUAAGAUUAAUGAGAAAUUGAAAGCCUUACAAAAUUUAAUUCCAAAUUCUAACAAGACAGAUAAAGCUUCAAUGUUAGAUGAGGCCAUUGAAUAUUUAAAGCAGCUUCAGCUUCAAGUGCAAAUGUUAAUGGUGAGAAAUGGUUAUAGCUUGCAUCCGAUGUCUUUAUCAGGAGGAUCGCGACCUCCUACGAUGUUUCCUCAGACUGAGUUGUUCAAUCUUGAUGAGGGUAAUAGUGGGUUUCACAAUUCUAACAAUGCAAUUACCCCGCCUACUAACAAUGAAUAUUUCGCACGGCAAGCUUUUAGUUUUCCAGAACAAUGCAGCAUCUCAAAUCAAUCUGUUAUCUUACCCUCGUCGACCAAUAUAGCUUCAUUUGAUACCUCAUCAAGUUUUCAAACCUCUAUUAAGGAUAAUUUCUGCAACAACAUGCCACAACUGAUUUUGGAUACAACAAGGAUUGGAAAAACUCCUUCUUCAGAUGUUUCUUAAACAGCUUGAAUUCAUCAGAGACAGAAAUCCAUUUUGUAAAAGGGUAGCUUUUUGUUCAGACAUCAUGAUCUACACUUGAACUCAAAUUUGACACUUGAUUAGGUUGUUUGUGGCACAAUUUUGUAACACUGUUUGACACAAUCUUUGUGCCAUUGAUAACUACAUUAAAAUGUAUUAACAUUUUAAGAAUUCUUCAAUUACAAAAUGAAGCUAAUGAACAUUCUGCAACACAUGUAACCUCUUGCUUUGGAUGAUUUAGAUUUUAGUGAUUAAA